AGGGCCAAACGGACACGUCCGUCACGCGGACAAUAGCCGGCCAAUCCGGUUUGAACCUCAUUUUUUCCUCUCACCGCCCCCCCACUUCAGGAGCGGUUGUGUGAUCAGAUCGAUCUAAGAUGGCGACUGUGGAACCGGAAACUACUCCUACUCCUAAUCCCCCACCUGCAGAAGAGGAGAAAACAGAAUCUAAUCAGGAGGUUGCUAACCCAGAACACUAUAUUAAACAUCCUCUUCAGAACAGAUGGGCGCUCUGGUUUUUUAAAAAUGAUAAAAGUAAAACUUGGCAAGCAAACCUUCGACUGAUAUCUAAGUUUGAUACUGUUGAAGACUUUUGGGCUCUGUACAACCAUAUCCAGUUGUCUAGUAAUUUAAUGCCUGGCUGUGACUACUCACUUUUUAAGGAUGGUAUUGAGCCCAUGUGGGAAGAUGAGAAAAACAAACGGGGAGGGCGAUGGCUAAUCACAUUGAACAAACAGCAGAGACGAAGUGACCUCGAUCGCUUUUGGCUAGAGACACUGCUGUGCCUUAUUGGAGAAUCAUUUGAUGACUACAGUGAUGAUGUGUGUGGAGCUGUUGUUAAUGUUAGAGCUAAAGGUGAUAAGAUAGCAAUAUGGACUACUGAAUGUGAGAACAGAGAGGCUGUUCAACAUAUAGGGAGAGUAUACAAGGAAAGGUUAGGACUUCCUCCAAAGAUAGUGAUUGGUUAUCAGUCCCAUGCUGACACAGCUACUAAGAGCGGCUCAACCACUAAAAAUAGGUUUGUUGUUUAAGAAGACACCUCUGAGUAUUCUCAUAGGAGACUGCGUCAAGCAAUCGAGAUUUGGGAGCUGAACCAAAGCCUCUUCAAAAGCAGAGUGGACUGCAUUUAAAUUUGAUUCCAUCUAAAUAUUGCUAAGAUAUAAGAGAAGUCUCAGUCGCCUUGUCUUGUACUUCUGUGACUUCUGUGUUUUUUGUUGUUGUUGUUUUUUUUAAUUUGUUUGUUUCUUUGGGGUUUUUUUGUUUUGUUUUGUUUUUAUUUUGCUAGAAGUAUCCACCAUCCCAAUCAAAGAAUUACAGUACACAGCAUCCCUAGAAUCUAUAAAUGUGUUCCUGAUCCACUCUGUAAUAGCUUAGCAGAACUACCAUGCAAACACAUUUUACCCAUUUAUAAUAUUCAAGAAAGAGCUUGCAUUUCUAUAACAGGAAAAGAAUCGUUAUGUUUCAUUGUAUGCAGGAGCAUAUUUUGCUGGUUUGAGAGAGUAUGAUGCAUACAGUUUUCUAGCAAUUUUCUUUGUUUCUUUUUACAGCAUUAUCUUUGCUGUACUCUUGCUGAUGGCUGCUAGAUUUUAAUUUAUUUGUUUCCCUGCUUGAUAACAUUAGUGAUUCUGAUUUCAGGUUUUUCAUUUGUUUUGCUUUUGUUUUUUUCCUCAUGUAACAUUGGUAAAGGAUCCAGGAAUAUGACACAAGGGUGGAAUAAACAUUAAUUUUGUGCAUUCUUUGUUUUUUUUUGUUUUUUUUAAUAACUACAAAGCUUCGCUAUAAAUUUAUGCAUUUCAUUCAAAUCAGUGAUCUGUGUUUGUGUGAUUUCCUAAACAACGAUUGUGGAUUAUAAGUAUAACAUCAUAAUUACAUUCCUAACUAGAAUUAGUGUGUGUUUUUGUAUCUUUAUGCUGUAUUUUAAUACUUUGUACUACUUAGGUUAUUUUGCUUUGGUUAAAAAUUGCUCAAGUAGAAAGCAGUCCCAUUCAUAUUAAGACAGUGUACAAAACUGUAAA